GGGAAAUUCUAUAAAAAAACAAUCUUUUACUCUCACUCUUCUCAUCUCUUCCUUUCUAAUAACCAGAAAGGAAGAGAAUUAGAAAGCUUCGGUCCGCCAUUAAAAUUCCUUGUUUUUUUUUGCUUCAAUGGCAGAAACCAAGAAAUACAUUUCAAAAGAAGAGCUUCAAAAGCACAAGCAACGGGGAGAUCUCUGGAUCUCAAUACAAGGCAAGAUCUACAAUGUCAGUGACUGGAGCAAAGAACAUCCCGGCGGCGAGUCGCCGUUACUGCAUCUCGCCGGCCAAGAUGUUACCGACGCUUUUGUGGCGUACCAUCCCGGCUCCGCAUGGCAAUAUCUUAACAAAUUCUUUACUGGGUAUUAUCUCGAAGACUAUUCCGUUUCUGAAACGUCCAAAGAUUACAGGAAAUUGGUCGCUGAGUUUUCAAAAUUAGGGUUCUUCGAAAAAAAGGGGCAUAUCGUUUUUAUUACUCUUGUUUCCAUGGUAAUGCUGCUUGCUAUGAGUGUUUACGGAGUUAUAUGUUGUGAUAGUAAAUGGGUCCAUCUCCUUUCGGGUGGGUUGUUAGGGUUUAUGUGGAUUCAGAGCGGGUGGAUGGGUCAUGAUUCGGGUCAUUAUCAGAUUAUGUCGAGUCCUAGGUUCAAUCGUGUGGUGCAGGUUUUAUCUGGUAAUUGUCUUGCAGGGAUUAGCAUUGCGUGGUGGAAAUUGAAUCAUAAUACUCACCACAUUGCUUGUAAUAGUCUUGAUUUUGAUCCAGAUCUGCAGCAUAUGCCGUUUUUCGCGGUAUCUUCGAAACUUUUCAAUUCGAUCACCUCUUAUUUUUAUGAAAGGAAGAUGAAUUUUGAUAGUUUUACUAGGUUCUUGAUUAGCUAUCAGCAUUGGACAUUUUAUCCUGUGAUGUGCCUUGCUAGGCUUAAUUUGUUUGCUCAAUCUAUAAUUCUGUUGUCUUCUAAGAGAAGAGUGGCUCAUAGGGGUCAGGAGAUUUUGGGUGUGCUUGUGUUUUGGAUUUGGUAUCCUUAUCUUGUUUCUUUCUUGCCCAAUUGGGGUGAGAGAGUUAUGUUUGUUCUUGCGAGUUUCGCGGUGACCGGUAUUCAGCACGUUCAGUUCUGUUUGAAUCAUUUCUCGUCCAGCGUUUAUCUUGGUCCACCUAGUGCGAAUGACUGGUUUGAGAAUCAAACAAAAGGGACUCUUAAUAUAAGUUGCUCAACGUGGAUGGACUGGUUUCAUGGUGGAUUACAGUUUCAAAUCGAGCACCAUUUGUUUCCUCGUUUGCCUCGAUGUCAACUUAGAAACGUCUCUCCGUUUGUCCGAGAACUUUGCAAGAAACACAAACUACCUUAUGAUAUUGCAUCAUUUUUGAAGGCUAAUGAAAUGACGGUCCAGACUCUCCGGAAUGCUGCGUUGCAGGCGAGGGAUUUUUCUAAUUCAGCGCCGAAGAAUUUAGUUUGGGAAGCUGUUAAUACUCAUGGAUGAGAUUGGACUCGUUUGAAGCUGUCUAAGAUUUUGAUUAGGUAUCUAAAACUCGAUUCCAUUGAUUUAGGUGGAAGAUUAACUAUCUGUCAUUUCUUGGAGGCUUCAAUUGCUUGUAUCUCAUUUCAUUUAGUUUUUUCAAUUAGGAUAAAGAUCAUUCAUACCGGUUAUGUGCAGUCUGAUGUUCUCGUAUCGUAUGUUCUCAACUCUGCUGCAAUGGAACUAGUGGGAUGUGAAGUUAGUGUUGUUUCUUGCUUUUGAUAAUAUAGUUUGUUUUUACAAAGCUUUCUGUUGCAUUUAGUUUUCCUUUUGUUCAUUGCCUGUCUUUGAACAUUGGGGCUGGCUGUUAAGAAUGUGUUUCUAAUUAAAUGUCUCAUUUCCGGCUUUA